UCUUUGUUUUGCCUCCCUCCUCAGCGGCGUUUUCGCCCCCGGGGUGCGCGCGCGCGCCUCGCGAUAGCGCUCGCCGGAGCGGCGCGUGACGCGCGAUGCAAAAGGUUACACUCGCGAGCUACUUGAAGACGCACUGCAGAGGUGCGGGGAGUAGCUUGAUGAGUGUCCAAAGUAACAGUGGAAGUGGUGGAAGUUUGGAGGGGACGCCAUCUUGGUCCCAGCUCUGCACGUCCCCAGCGCCGGGCUCGCUUUCUCAGCAACCUCCCGCGGCGCCGCUCAAGUCCAGAGAAGGUGCCAUGGACGAGCUGCAGAGCCUGGACCCUAGGAGGCAGGAGCUGCUGGAGGCCCGCUUCAUGGGGGGCGUUGGGGGCAGCACCGGGGGCAGUACGGGCAGCGCCAGCGGGGGCACCAAGGGCUUAACAAACAAUGAAUGUUCCAACCACAGUUUUGGAAGUCUGGGCUCAUCAAGUGACAAGGAAUCCGAGGGCUCAGACAUGAAGAGGGGCAGUUCUCCUGCAUAUUCCACUCCUGAAAAGAAGCAUUCGGACUCAGGCAGGGGGAGGAAGAGGAAAGCGGAGAGCCAGUCUGAGUGCAGUCAAGGGAAGUCUGCUGCCAGAGGACCCAAAAUUAGUGACUACUUUGAUUUCCAGGGGGGGAACGGUUCCAGUCCAGUGAGGGGACUCCCACCAGUCAUCCGCUCUCCCCAGAACUCCCAUUCCACUCCGAGCUCCACGAUGAGGCAAAGUAAUUCAUCUCCUACUAGUCUGUCUUUUGGGGACCACCUGAUCCAUUCAAAGCAGUUGUCAUUCAAAUGUGUUCAGACUGACCUUACUGUGCUCAAGUUGGCUGCUCUUGAAAGUAAUAAGAACCUGGACCUUGAGAAGAAAGAGGGCAGGAUAGAUGAUUUGCUUAGGGCAAACUGUGAUCUCAGGAGACAAAUAGAUGAACAGCAAAAAUUACUUGAGAAGUACAAAGAACGCUUAAAUAAAUGUAUCACAAUGAGCAAGAAGCUGCUCAUUGAAAAGAGCACCCAGGAGAAGCAGGCAUGCCGGGAGAAAAGCAUGCAAGACCGUCUGCGGCUGGGUCACUUUACAACGGUGCGACACGGGGCCUCCUUCACUGAGCAGUGGACAGAUGGCUUCGCCUUCCAGAAUUUGGUCAAACAGCAGGAGUGGAUUAACCAGCAACGAGAGGAGAUUGAGAGGCAGAGGAAGCUCUUGGCUAAGAGGAAACCUCCAUCGACCAACAGCUCCCAGGCCCCAACCACAAACUCUGAGCCAAAGCAGAGGAAAGCUAAGGCUGUCAAUGGGGCGGAAAACGACCCCUUCCUCAAACCCAGCCUCCCUCAGCUGUUGACUCUAGCUGAGUAUCAUGAACAGGAGGAAAUCUUUAAACUUCGACUUGGACAUCUUAAAAAGGAGGAAGCUGAAAUCCAGGCAGAGCUGGAGCGCCUGGAGAGGGUGCGCAACCUUCACAUCCGGGAACUGAAGAGGAUCAACAAUGAGGACAGCUCGCAGUUUAAAGAUCACCCAACUCUGAAUGAAAGAUAUCUGCUGUUACAUCUUCUGGGAAGAGGAGGUUUUAGUGAAGUCUACAAGGCCUUUGACUUGUUUGAACAGCGGUACGCUGCGGUUAAGAUCCACCAACUGAACAAGAACUGGAGGGAGGAGAAGAAGGAGAACUACCACAAACAUGCUUGUCGGGAAUACAGAAUACACAAGCAGCUGGACCAUCCCAGAAUAGUGAAGCUAUAUGACUACUUCUCUCUAGAUACAGACACGUUCUGUACGGUGUUGGAGUACUGUGAAGGCAACGACUUGGACUUCUACUUGAAGCAGCACAAACUCAUGUCUGAGAAGGAGGCUCGUUCCAUCGUCAUGCAGAUUGUGAAUGCGCUGCGAUACUUGAAUGAGAUCAAGCCCCCCAUCAUUCACUACGACCUCAAGCCUGGUAAUAUUUUGCUGGUGGAUGGCACGGCGUGUGGAGAAAUCAAAAUUACAGACUUUGGUUUGUCCAAAAUCAUGGAUGACGACAACUAUGGCGUGGAUGGCAUGGACCUGACGUCGCAAGGAGCAGGAACUUAUUGGUACUUGCCUCCUGAAUGUUUUGUGGUGGGCAAAGAACCACCAAAGAUUUCCAACAAAGUGGAUGUCUGGUCAGUGGGUGUCAUCUUUUUCCAGUGUCUGUAUGGAAGGAAGCCAUUUGGCCACAACCAGUCUCAGCAGGACAUCUUGCAGGAGAACACAAUACUGAAAGCCACGGAGGUUCAGUUCCCUGUCAAGCCUGUUGCUAGUAAUGAAGCCAAGGGCUUCAUAAGGCGCUGCCUGGCCUACCGAAAGGAGGACCGCUUCGAUGUGCACCAGCUGGGCUCUGACUCCUACUUGCUUCCUCACAUGAGACGGUCCAGCUCCUCAGGGAACCUGCAGAUGGGUGGGUCUGGCUGCUCAGGCCCCGCCUCCUCUAGCAUCAUCUCCUACUAAGAGCCUGCGCUGACUGACGGACUAGGCCCGUCUUCCUGCCUGAGCCACGCCUCGCAGGACCAGGCGUGCCCCCUGUCAGCAAGUGAAAGGACUAGCCCGGUCCCUCGACUGUUGCCAUGGUGAUACGGAGGAGAACGACCGGGCUCAUUCACUGCUCGGGCUGUACUCUUUUAGAUAUGGAUGUUCACUGAAACACAACAAAAACUGACAUGUGGAGAAAAAAAACAAUUUUUUUUUUGAAGUGGGCUUCUUGAAGGCCACAAACUAGAGCACUGCAAUGAAGUAGCUUGAAACAGGACGUUUUUCUGGUUAUAAGACUAGGAAGGCGUAGAGGGAGACUCGCCCGCCUGCUGUUUAGGUAAAAUUAACUCUGUGCCUGCUUUGGCAUGAAUGGUUCACCUGCUACAAGUUUUAUUUCAGGAGCUCCCCCUCAAAGCUUUUGUAGAUGAACAGCAGUGUUGCUACCAGAUGUUGUGCCCUUAGUUAUUUUGAGGAAAAGGUGUUUUGCUUUUGACUGACCAAGGGAAUUGAAUGGGAGCAGAGCAGCGACCCCUGGAGGCCACAGGCAGAGUCACAUUGAGACGCACAGAGCAACCAAAUGUAGACAAACAGCAAUGUACAGAAUCCUAUGCAGGGAGACUGGGAAAAGAAAAAAAAAUCCCUCUUAGAAAAUAAAUGUAUAUUUACUGUA